AUCAAAGCAAAGGUCACCCACCACCAUCUGAACCCAUACUCCUAACUUCUGUAACUAUUUUCACUUCUUGCAUGUUAAUCAAGAGUAUAGUAAUUAAUCACUUGUAAUCAUAGAUAUAUUAAUUACCUUAUAUGUUGUUGUUGGUAAAUUUGAAGUAUAUAUUUUUUUUCAUCCUUCACCACACACACAAGAUGAUGAUGAAUAGUCGCGGCUACUUUCUUACACCAAUAUCUCUUUGUCAUUCGAGCAUCGUUGUAUCUUUCCCGCCAAUUUCAUCACCAGCAACAGCAGCAGUUGCGGUUAGGUCUUCUCGUUCUAAUUCAUUCUUGAUAAGAAUAGCAAUGAGAAUAUCAAGAGCAAGGUGGUUCACUUUCCUAAGAAGAGUUUUUCAUUACCAAAAUGGAUAUUCAUCAACAUCUCAUCUUGGAUCCAACCCUUUCAAUUCAAUAACUUGGAUGAUGAUGGAGUGCAUAUCAUUAAGUAUCCAAAUAAUUCUGUGUGUAUAUACACUGGCUGUUUCAAAAGAGGAGAAGCCAGUUUGGCCAAUGAUCAGGAUAUGGGCGUUGGGAUAUGUCUUUGGUUGUAUACUUAGUGUCGUCCUGCUUUAUUCGCGCUAUUGGGCGUUCUACAUCAGGCCACAAAGACAUGAUUCUGACACGGAGCAGCAAAGAAGCCAUGAAGAUGAUCAAUCCAGGGCAUCGUGGAUGAUGGAGAAAUUGAGGACUAGUGUGGAACUAUUCUUCGCGAUAUGGUUUGUGAUGGGGAAUGUUUGGGUGUUUGAAUCACGUUUAUUGUCAUAUCAUCAUGCUCCUAAACUUCACUUGCUCUGCAUUUCUCUCCUUUCUUGGAAUGCAAUCAUCUACUCUUUCCCCUUCAUAUUGUUUCUAUUGCUAUGCUGUUGUGUCCCAAUGUUGAGUACCUUUCUAGGCUACAAUAUGAACAUGGCAUCUCUUGAUCGAGGGGCUUCUGACGAACAACUCUCCUCUCUUCCUAGCUGGAAAUACAAAUUAGAAAUUCGAAACAAGGAAGACGAAAAUUCUGAGUGUUGUAUUUGUUUAGCCAAGUAUGGAGAUAAAGAAGAGAUCAGACAAUUGCCUUGUUCUCAUAUAUUUCAUCUCAAGUGUGUGGAUCAAUGGCUCAAAAUUAUAUCUUGCUGUCCUCUCUGCAAACAAGAGCUAGAGAGGUAAAGAUCCAAGAAAGCUCUUGAGGCUAGAUGUAUUUUUAUUCACUUUUGCUUUCUCUAGUACAAUUUUAAACAAAGAGUGAGUCGAAUUAAAUUGUAUGGAACACUUAAAGCCUGUUUGACUUAACUUAUUUAAAACAACUUAUAAAUUAAAAGCAUCUUAUAAGUCAAAAUAAAUAAA